GUCUUCAUUGAUCUGUCUGUCAGGUUUGGCUUUCUGUGGCCUCCUGAUCCGGCUCGGCAGAAUAAUAUCAUCUUUGGUGCUGAAGGGGAGUCUCUCCAGUCGUUGCUUUCAGAGUGGGAUAAUCCUGUUUUUGUUCCUUGUCCGGAGAUUGGCGUUGAUGUGACCAGCAGUCAGGCUGACAGUCUGGCUGUGAAAAUUCAUAACAUCUUGUAUCCUUAUCGUUUCACCAAAGACAUGGUUCAUUCAAUGCAGGUUCUUCAGCAAGUAGACAAUAAAUUCAUCGCUUGUUUAAUCAACACUAGGAAUGAAAUGGAUAAAACAGCAGAUGGAAACCUCUUGAUUUUGGUGGACCAACAUGCAGCUCAUGAACGGAUCCGCUUGGAGCAGCUUAUUGCAGAUUCCUAUGAGAAGGAAGCUGCAGCAUGUGGCAAGAAGAAAUUACUGUCCUCCUCCAUCUCUCCCCCUUUGGAGAUUGAAGUUACAGAAGAACAAAGAAGAUUUCUACGAUGCUGCUACAAAAAUUUGGAGGACUUGGGUCUUGAAUUAUCAUUUCCUGAGACCAACAGCUCCUUGAUUCUAGUGAAGAAAGUGCCACUGUGUUUUAUAGAAAGAGAAGCCAAUGAACUACGACGGAAAAGACAACCUGUCACUAAAAGCAUUGUGGAGGAGCUUAUGCAAGAACAAGUUGAGCUAGUGCAGACCACAGGAGGAGGAGCACGAGGGACACUGCCUCUGACGUUUCUGAAAGUGUUAGCUUCCCAGGCCUGUCAUGGAGCUAUUAAGUUUAAUGAGCAUUUGACUUUGGAGGAGAGCUGCAGGCUUAUUGAAGCUUUGUCAUCUUGCCAGCUGCCCUUCCAGUGUGCUCAUGGAAGACCUUCCAUGAUGCCUCUUGCAGACAUAGACCAUCUACAGGAGGAAAAGCAGCCUAAGCCUAAUUUGGCUAGACUGCGGAAGAUGGUGCGAGCAUGGCACCUAUUUGGAAAAAAAAGACCCUAAUUAAAAGAAGAUAAGACUGUAAGGUGCAACCACUAGAAGUGUUGGUAUGAUCCAGGUUCCCUUGUUGUUGGACAACAAUACCCUGUGCGGAGCCAAGUUUCUGAGCCAGCCUGGUCGCCAAAGUUCUGCUCCAAGUACUGACCUAAGAAGCAGAGACCAGCCAGGAGAAUGUGGCAGGAAGAGCCCACCCUUGUAGCCUGGAGAAGCGUCUUCAACAUAAGGAAUUACAUUGUAAGCCUAGGCCUUAUGUCAGUGCUUGACUUUCAGAGGCAAGAAGUUGCAGCCGCUUGCAGUUACUAAAGUGCUUUUUCUCUGUAAGCACAGCAUGAUUCUGCACUUUUUAUUAAGGUACUUUAUAGUGCUUUGGAAUCGGGGAUGUAUUUAUUAAUAAAAUUAACACUAAACUCUUUCCUUGGGCUCAUGGCAGUGGUUGGAAUGAGGACUGACCAGCUUCACAGUAUACAUAGGCCAACGUAGGAUCAAAAAACAUUCUUUUUAUUUAACUAGGCAAUGAAUGACACACCCAGCUGUUUUCUCCAGCUCCCUGCAGUUUGCAUUCUUGAGUGAGAGAUUUCUAAAUCCUAGCAUAGCCCCACAUUCUCAGGGCACAGAAACUUAACCCCCACGGCAUUUUUUACAAUAUUUUGUGUCUCACUCUAUGGUAGAGGAGUAGAGUUUAUUUUAGUACGGUAAAAGAAGAUGACAUCUUUGUUUAAUCACAGACAUACAACUUUAAGCCUGAUCAAAAAAAUCAUUCGGCUGAACCAAAAGCAAAACAAGGAGUGGAAACUACUUUCAUUUGAUGCCUUAACUGUGGUGUAGUGUAUUGCCAUACAUUGAUAAAAGGGACUAAGGAAGAGUGAUCUGACUGACCUGCAAGAGCCUGAGAUUUCUAAGAUGUUCCAAUCAAGAACUUUGUGAAUGAGACAAGAUGUCCAUCCAAGAAGAAUAAUCAUUCAAUUUUUACAGAAGACAGACCCACAGACUGCAGUAAGUGGAGCAAGAGCUUGAGCGCUGCCUUCUGACAUGGAGGUGAACAAGCUAGCUGAUGGGACUUCUGAAGGUCUACCUUUCAUCAAGAAUGGAAUGUCUGUUCCAGCACUGUACAAAAAGCUGGUUUGUAUGGCAGCAACACACCAAAAUUGUCAGAAAAUUCUACUAAAAAAAAAAAUCAAUUUUUAAGAGAAUUGCCAAGUGGGUUUCUAUCACAUUCCUCUGUGAAAGCACACCUUAAAGCCUG